UAUUAAUAUUAUCUCAUUAUUAUCUUAAAAUUUAUUUCAUUUUUCAUAUAUUGUAUUAAUAAAUUUUUCUUUAUAUAUAAAUCAAGUAUGUACAAUGUAAAUGUAAACUAAUUUUAGAAAUUUAACCUUAUAUAAAAUAAUAUUUUUAUUUUAUAUUCUAUUCAAAUGAAAAAAUUAUUUGAAUCUGAAGUAGAUUCAAAUCGUUUUCUAAUUAUAUUAAUUUAGAUAUUUCAUAUUUUUUUAUAUAAAAAGAAAGUUAUUUUUUGUUAAGCAUGUAUGAUAUAUGUCAUCCUAGUUAUUAUCAUAUUGGAAAAUUAGGCUGUACUGAUCCUAUAAAGAUAAGCACAACAUUUUAUGUUUACAUCGAGCUAUGUGAAGCAAAGAGAUAUUGGGAAGUCAAUUACAAAUAUAAUGAAAAUUUAGAUUUAUUAUAUUUAGAAGUAAAAAAAAAUAAAACUUCUCAAACAGAAAUAUAUGUACCUUGGCCUACAUCAUGUAAUAUUUCUCUUAAAAUAAUAGAGAAGAUACAAGAAGGUUUAAAUGUUGAACAGAUAACUUUUGUUUUUAAACUUGAAGACAGUACAAGCAUUUUUUAUAAAGCUACUAAAGGUCUUGUGAAACCCAUUGAUCCAGAAACAAGUAAAUUAAUGAAAGAAAAAGAAGAAAAAAAGUUAAAUUUAGAAAAAGAAAUAAGAAAAAAUACUUCUUAUUUAUAUGAAUUAGCCAAAUCCUUAGAUAAAAAAGAUACUAAUGAAGAUAGUGAUGUAAGCCAUAACAAUAAAGUAAUGGAUUCUGAUGUAAGUCAUAAUGAUAAAAUAACAGACAAAUAAAAUUAAUUUUAUUUUA